CCUUUUCUUUUUUCCUUCCUUCCUUUUCCUUGCCUUUCCUUUCUCUACUUUCUUUCUUUCUCUCUCCCUUUACCUCUCCUCCUCUUAACUUUACUGCUACUAAAACUGUUGUACACACCCCCGCCCUGGAUAUUUCGUACAUAUAUGUAGAUGCUGUGUGACUGUGGUGUGAAUAAGAGUACUCUACCCUGCCCUCUUCAUCUGAAGUUGCUAGGCCAGUGCAACCUUAGAGAGUUUCAAAAAACGGGAACUACCGUGGCUCAGAGGAACUCUUUGUAAGGGACUCAGACUCCAUUCUUGAAGAAAAGAAAACAGGUAGAAAAGAUGGUGGCUGAUUGCCUGACAAAUUGUUACCAGGUCUCGGUAACUUUUGAUGAUGUGGCUGUGGACUUCACCCAAGAAGAAUGGAUUUUAUUGGAUCAGGCUCACAGAGACCUCUACAGAGAAGUGAUGCUAGAGAACUACCAGAACCUGGCCUCAGCAGGAUGUGAGGUCAUCAAACCCAGUCUUAUCUCCUGGUUGGAAGAAGAGGAUUUGCACAGAGAAGAUCUCCAAGAAUGGGAAAUGCCACUUGGCACCAAAGAGUCAACAUUUCGUCAGGAGUUUUUGAGGAGACAGACCUCCAGUGGAAUAGAAACAGUCAGAAGCCAUAGUGCACGAGAACUCUGUUACUAUGUACAAUGUGGAGAAAUCUUCAGUGAGCAUUCAUAUUUCAAGACACAUGUGAAAACUCACAGUACUUGCAACACUGGACAUUUUACUCACUCAAGUCAUGAUGCCUCUGUUCAAGUACACACCAUAAAAACAUAUCCAUGUAAGAUUUGUGGAAAAGCCUUUGGACGUUCUUCAAAUCUUAACAGACACUUACGAAGUCACACUGGAGAAAAACCCUAUGAAUGUAAGGAAUGUGGGAAAGCCUUCACUACCUACUCAAGGCUAGUGGAACAUUUUAGAACUCAUACUGGAGAGAAACCAUAUAAAUGCAAGGAUUGUGGAAAAGCCUUUGCUAAGAGGUCAGGCCUUAUAACACAUAUAUCAACCCAUGCUUCAGAGAAACCCUUUGCAUGUAAAGAGUGUGGGAAAGCUUUUGCUUCAUCCCCACGCCUUAGUCAGCAUGUGAGAAUUCACAGUGGAGAGAGACCCUACAUAUGUAAGGAAUGUGGAAGAGCCUUCCUCACUUCCUCAUAUCUUCGGAACCAUAUAGGAAGAACUCACAGUGGAGAGAGACCCUAUAUAUGUGGAGAAUGUGGAAAAGCCUUCCAUUCUUACUCAAAUCUGCGUAGACAUGUGAGAACUCACAGUGGAGAAAGACCCUAUAUAUGCAAGGAAUGUGGGAAAGCCUUUCUCAAUUCCUCAUACCUACAUAACCAUAUAAGAAAAACUCACAGUGGAGAGAUGCCUCACAUAUGUGGUGAAUGUGGGAAAGUCUUCCACGCUUCCUCAUACCUUCGGAGACACUUAAGAACUCACAGUGGAGAGAGACCAUGUAUAUGUAAAGAAUGUGGGAAAGCCUUCCUCAACUCCUCAUACUUACGCAAACAUUUAACCAUUCAUACUGGAGACAAACCCUACGAGUGUAAAGAAUGUGGGAAAGCCUACCGUAGGUACAAUCUGCUACAUGACCAUUUAAAAACUCAUGCAGUAGAAAAGCCGUUUGAAUGUGAUGUAUGUGGAAAAUCCUUUCAGUAUUUUUCAUACCUUACUAAACACGUUCGUAUUCACACCGGAACAAAACCCUAUAAGUGUAAGUACUGUGGGAAAGAUUUCACUACUUCCUCAAGCCGAACUGAGCAUAUCCGAACUCACACUGGUGAGAGGCCCUAUGAGUGUACAGAAUGUGAGAAAACCUUCACUUCAUCCUCUAACCUCAUUCACCAUGUAAAAAUCCACACUAGAGAGAAACCUUUUGUUGAGAAUGUAGGGAAGCCUACAGCAGAUUUUACCUACUAACCGAAUAGUAAGUAACUCAAGAUGAUCAAAAUGACUUCAGAUAGGAGGAAUGCCAAAAAUCCUUAAUCUCUCCAUGUCUUGAUUACAUCAUACUGGAGUUUACACUAUUAAGAAAGCAAUGUGGAACAGCCCCCAAUUAUGACAGUUUCCUUUGAAAACAUAAAAAGCCCCUAUUCAAGAUGCCCCAUGAAUUUAAGGAAAGAAAUAUUAAAGCCCUCACUAUUUCCUAGGAACUUACUGGAUAUGUGAGACUUACAACGAAGGGAAAUACACUGAUAGAAGACAUACAGAAGGUUGUAGUUCUGUUAGUAUUUUUAAUUCAUUUGUUCCAGAAGUUAGAAAACUGUUUGAAGGUAAGGAAUGUGAGUAAGCCACAUGAACUUAACCCUCAGUGUUUAGUAAACAUUAUAAUUCAUAUCCAUGAGAAAUCAACUAUAUGGAAAUUUUGUCCAUGUGCCCUGAAAUGUGGUAUUGCUGGCAGCAGUAAGGCCUUUGGAUGACUGUUUAUUUUGAACUUUUGAUAUCUGUCCUGAUAUUCCUAGAGUGAUAUGUUUCUUUCCUCUAAGCAAUGCCAUUUCAUCUUGGUUGUUAAAACUUCUGGGUAGCAAGCUGGUGAUAUGAGGACUUUUGGAAUAUAAACAUUGUUUUAGUGUAGUGUAGGUAAGUUGGCUUGUCAUACUAUUAAACAUGCUACCCUAUAAUAACUUACAGCAGCUAAGUUUCAUAGUACAGUUCUCAUGGUCUUUAAAAUGUCCUUUUUCCUCUUUCACAACUUUUAGGUAAAAGGUGAUAUAAAUAAGUAAGCAAACAAACUAGCAAAGUCCUUUCCCCAAAACACAUCAAGCUGUGAAUCCAUAAGUGGAUCAGUCAUUGAUGAAGCCAGAGCCCUCGUGAUCCAGGUAUCUCUCACAUCCCACAAUGUGAACACUACAGCCCUGGGGAUCAAGUCUUCAGUACAUAAACUUUAGGGUACAUUUCAGAUACAAAUCAUAAUACAAUUCCUCCCAGGUUCGGGUAAUUCCUUAAGAUUACAAACACUGCAAACGCUUGGGA